AUGUAUUUUGGGUGGAAGGCACGCUUCACAUUAGGUUCGUAUGCCCCGUCGUUUUUACUCAUAUUGCUACCAUUGCAAACAAUCAGCGGUUUAUGGGUAGGAAAAUCCAUUUCGGAUUUUCCUUUGAAUUGGAAUAGCAAAGUAAUACACAAGCCUCGUGCACACCAAUACUUCGGUUCUCUCGAUGACGUUCUAGUCUUUGUCGUGGAGUCACAGUAUUCGUCCCCGGUCACUCUGACAAUAGGAAAGGAAUGUAUCAUCACAGCUUUCAUAGAUUCUAAGGAUGCCACAGACUUUCUCGCAGAAAUAGCUCAGACAGAGCCGCCAGAUGGCAUCCGAGAUUUGGAAUUUGUCCACGACAAGGAAAUAUUGGAGAAAUAUGGUAUACCCGUACCCCCUCCAGUUCUGAGAAUAGCUGCGAGCAACAACAGAAUGGGCAUAUACAAUCUUGUUAAACAUGUAUUGGUGCGAUAUGAAGAGACGCUACUAGAGGAGGUCACAUCGGUUACAAAUGAAAAGUUCGACAAAAGGAAGACAAUGUUUGUAAAACUUAUAGCUGCUAUCACCAUUCGAUGGUACACGAUGUACAGGUGGAAAACGUUGGACAGAUUAUUACUAAAGCCGCUUAAUAAUGAGGGGCGCGGAAAAACGAAGACAAACCAUGAAAAGGUUCGCAACUGUGAUUUCAUCAUUGAAAACACCCAUCUGCUAUGCUAUAGUAGACAAAACUGUCAUACUAGCUCAGGCACGCGAGAAUCUCCAUGUGUACCAAGUAUUGUGGCAGGAACAUUGUUAUACCAUGAAAAGGUUGGUAUCUGUGAUCGCUCACACGUUACAAAUAGGUUGCUGGAAGAUUGGAAUGAAACCCGGAAUAUAUUUGAAAGAUAUAAACUGCAAGACUCCAUAAAGGUUGAUUGCGAGAUGACAGAUGUGAUGGAUCGGUUGAACGAGUUGAUGUAUGAAGUAAUAGAAGUUCACGAGGGAAAAAACGACUUCGCAAAACAAAAACUGGAAAUUUUGUUAAAUGACACACAGGGUGAUGUUCGGAAUGCGGCGGAAGCUGAUACGGUAUCUGUGGAGGUUUUGAGGAAGCAGAAGAUCAAUGAGUUCCAGACCACUAUAAACGUGGGAAUCAAUGAUUUCGAAGAUUUGCUUGUGUCCUUAUCCGUGCAGUUCAACAAUUUGUCGCAAUUUUCGAGAUUACUCUCCCAAAAACUUUUUGUUAAAAAAGACUCUGUCGAAUACAUAAACAUUCUGAAGACAAUCUCACACUGUAAAAUGGCGCGUAAAUUUAGCACGGAAGACAUUGUAUCGCAAAACCUCAUUAAAUCGUCAAUACAGAGGGGCAUAAAAUUGGCGAUUGCCAGUCAAUUCCCCGGUUUUAGAGGUACAAUCGAUGCAGUUAUGCCAAAAAAGGGGAAUAUAAUUUUGGCUAAAUGUCAGGAUCACCUAACGCUACUGCUAGUAGGGGGAGAAAUCGCCUUUUUCCAGAAACGCGACGGGCCGUGGGUUCCGUCCCUGCGUUUGGUUCAUAAAUAUCCGCAUAUGAUGCCCAAGAUGCAAAUUGAUAAGGGAGCUCUAAAAUUCAUCCUACGAGGAUCAAAUGUGAUGUGCCCUGGACUGACAUCAGAAGGAGGAUACAUGGACGAUGUCGACAGGGGCGAGGUUGUCCAAAUUGUCGUAGAUGGAAGAGAACACGCAUGUGCCGUCGGCGUCACAACGAUGUCCACAGCGGAAAUACGUGAGAAAAACAAGGACAUGUGCAUUGAGAAUCUACACUAUCUCAAUGACGGGAUAUGGAAGUUCGGCAUCCCAUGCACAAGCACAUGA